AUGAUCACUACGGACAUAGCUGCAUCAGACGAUGUAGCAAACAUAACCGACACGCUCCUGAAUUACGACAUCACGGUUCUCGAGAACUGCACCGAUGAUGUGGAUGAGCUCAGGAUAUCCUAUCUGCCCCCGCUAUACGGCAUGAUAUUUGCCGUGGCCUUUCCGGGCAACGUCAUUGCAAUCUCUGUGUAUGCCUUCAAGAUGAGACCCUGGAAGAGCAGCACCAUCAUUAUGUUCAACGUGGCCUGCACAGAUUUAUUGUACUUAACUAGCCUUCCGUUCUUGAUUCAUUACUACGCCAACGGGGAACAUUGGGUCUUUGGACAUUUCAUGUGCAAGUUCAUCCGCUUUGGUUUCCACUUCAACCUGUACAGCAGCAUCCUCUUUCUAACAUGUUUCAGCAUCUUCCGAUACUUGGCGGUCGUCCACCCAAUGAGGACUUUUCACUAUCGGAAGAAGGGGUGGACCAUCGUGGCCUGUUUUGCAGCUUGGGCUAUUUCCCUAGCAGUUGUGACGCCUGUCAACUUUUUGAUCACCUCCGCCGAUCAAGAGAACAAAUCUGUGUGCCUUGACCUUACUAGUUCCGACAACCUGGAGGUCAUCCGGUGGUACAACUGGCUUUUAACGGUCUUGAUUUUCUACGUGCCAUUAAUAACUGUGACCAUUUGCUACACCCUGGUAAUCUACACCUUGGCUACAGGGCCCCAUACUCAAAACCCUUAUAAACAGAAGGCCCGUAAACUUGCCUUUCUCCUCCUGGUGGUCUUUUAUGUGUGCUUUCUACCCUUCCACAUCUUUAGGAUUGCCCGGAUUGAAUUAAGACUGUCUCCAGCCAGCUGUGAGGUUGAACACCAAAUCCACGCCAUCUACAUUAUCUGUAGACCACUGGCUGCCCUGAACACAUGUGCCAACCUCUUGCUUUAUGCCAUAAUCAGUGAUAAUUUCCAGCAGGCCAUUCCGUCCCUUUUGAGAUGCUGGUUCAGCAACUCCCUACAACAAUCAGGGAGUAACAGUGAACUGAAUAAGUCUGGAAUUAUAUUAAAAUUAUGA